GCAUACAAAUCCUCCAACUACAUCAUCAUCACUCUCCCCCAAGAGACCCUCUCCAUCCCAUCACCCGGACUCUUUUCACAUCUUCUCAUACCAACACCAUGUCUUCCGCGACUACUUUUUACGACUUUGAGCCUUCUGACAAAAAGGGCAACGCCUUCCCUCUCACUGAUCUGAAGGGCAAGGUCGUCCUCGUUGUCAACACGGCCUCCAAAUGCGGCUUCACCCCUCAAUUCAAGGGCCUCGAGACCCUUUAUCAAUCCGUUAAAGCCAAGCACCCCGAAGACUUCCUCAUCCUCGGAUUCCCCUGCAACCAGUUCGGCAGCCAGGAUCCCGGCUCCAACGACGAGAUCCAGUCCUUCUGCCAGGUAAACUACGGUGUGACUUUCCCCAUGCUCGGCAAAACCGAUGUCAACGGUGACACGGCCAACCCGCUGUGGACCUGGAUGAAGGAGUCGCAGCCUGGUCUGCUCGGUCUGAAGCGCAUCAAGUGGAACUUUGAGAAGUUCUUGAUCUCUGCCGAGGGAAAGGUUGUCGGACGCUGGGCAAGUACAACUAAGCCCGAGUCGCUGGAGGCUACUAUUUUGAAAGAGAUCGAGAACGCCCAAAAGGCGGGGACUUUGGCCUCGGCUCAGGCUAAGGAGGGGGAAGCCGCGAAGUUGGCGUAAAUAAUCCCUGGGGACGUUUCGUUUUUUUUUAUCAUGAUACCAACUUUCUUUUUUUUCUUUUUUUUUUUUUUUUC